AUGCUGUCCAUUGGCCUCGCCACCUCAAUUGUGCUCCAGCUGACCCUGCUUGCCGCCGGUCGGGCUGAGGCUGGCCCAAAUGCCGCGGAGCUUGGCCAUGCAGGUAGCCUUGUGUCAGGUACAAGGUUCCCGCUCGCGGCGAAAGACGUAGCCGCUGCUUCUCCACCAAUCGACCUCGGGCUCGAUCGUCGCCAGAACGCGGGCGACAGCUGCGGGCCGACCGCCGGAAAUGCCUCCUGUGGCGCCGACCUCUGCUGUUCUGCUGCUGGCCUUUGCGGCACCGGCCGCGACUUCUGCGACGCUCCGGCCUGCCAGUUUGAAUAUGGGCCGGCCUGCGAUGCGAACGCUGUGCCGUCCGGGGAGAACACAACCUCGGUCCCGAGACCCAAAUUUGGCAGCGUGCUGUGGGGCGGCGGCGGUGUCACCCAGUGCAGCGAGCCAGGUACCAUCGCAAUCACGUACGACGACGGCCCGUACAUCUACACGUCCGAGUUGCUGGACAUCCUGAACGACAAUGGCGUGCCAGCCACAUUCUUCAUCACGUCCGUCAACCUCGACAAGGGGGGGAUCGACAAUGAGAGUACCGACUGGCCUGACAUCCUGCUGCGUAUGCGUGACGACGGCCACCAGAUCGCCAGUCACACCUGGAGCCACCAGAAUCUGAACGACAUCACCAGCGCCCAGCGCUUCGAUCAGAUGGUCAAGAACGAGAUGGCCUUCAGGAACGUGCUCGGCUACUUCCCCACCUACAUGCGCCCGCCGUACAACACCUGUCUCAGGACGGCCGGCUGCGUCGACGACCUCGAGACGCUUGGCUACCACAUAAUCAAGUUCAACGUCGACACCCUGGACUACGCCAACCUGACCCCGGACACGAUCCAGAACUCCAAGGAUAUUUUCUCCAACGCCCUGGCCGGCGGGGAUCCCGCCACGUCCAGCUUCAUCGUCGGCAAUCACGACAUCCACCCGCAGACAGUGACGAACCUAACCCAGUUUAUUAUUGACGAGGGUAAAGCGCAGGGAUAUACCUUCAAGACGGUCGGCGAUUGCCUUGGUGACCCCAAGGGCAAUUGGUACCGCGACCCCGCGACGGGGAAUGCCAUCUCCGCCGCCGCUGCUGCUGCCAAGAGGGCGGACUCCGCAUCAUCCAAGAACCUGGUCGUCGCUAGAGCUGCUGGAGCCGCGUCCGCAGCGGCUGAAAGCACUGCUGCUGCUGCUGCAUCUGCGUCGGCGUCUGCUACUGCCGAAAGCGGAAGUUCUGGCCUAAUUGCUCUCGGGAAGAGGCUCGGUCUCACCGUUAGCCUCGUCAACGUCGCGUUUGCCCUGUUGUAG